CAGCCCUGCGCAACAAGUUGAAUGGAAAUAGAAGAAAAUUGCGUCCAAAAUAGUGCGCAAAAUAGUUUUGUUUUUUGUUUUUGUUAACGUGCAACGACAACACAAUUGUCAACGUAUAGCGGUAAAUGCAAAUGAACGCAAGUGACAGUUGAAGCAGCACGAAUACGAUACGGAUUAAACCACGCAACAAAAACAAUUGAGCAAGGCACACACACACUAACAUAAACACGGCAAAAAAAAAACACCACUCAAACACACACACACACGUACAUGUGCAGGCGCCCGCUCGUGUGUGAGGUAGUGAAAGAGACAGCCGUAUCGCGAGUGAAUGAGUGCGAGUGAGAGGCAUGCUCUCUGUAACUGUAAUAUAAUUGAUAAAACAAAAAACGUCAGGAGCAGGAAUCUAGUGAGAGUAAGCAAAGUGACACUGCGGAGAGACUAGCAAGGAGGAGAAUUUUUGUUGUUGCUAAAAAUAGCAACAAAUAGAGAAAGGAGAAACAGAGAAAGAGAGACAGAGAGGAGAGUGUUGACGCAGGCACAAAAAAGUAGCAGCCUUUGGGCCACUUGGAUUUUAAUAUUGUCCGGAGACACUUGUACCGUUAGCUCCCUCUCUCCGCCGCCGCUCUCCCUGUUUUGACAACACAACAAACAAACGGCAUUCGGUGGAAGCAACAGCAACAACCAUAAUAAUAAUAAAAAAAAGACAACAUCAACAUCACAACGGCAACAACAACGGCUCAAAACUAUGCUUUUGAAAUUCACAACCAAAACCAGUGGAGCUGGACCCUCAUCCGUUCCCCUGCCCCUCGCCCACCAGCUGGCAGCCGGCCCCUCCCCCGGCUCCUCCAGUUCGUCCAUGCAGGCGACCACAACGUACGCGACGCGCGGAACAGGAAUGAGAAUGACCAUGUCCACGAAUUCCACAAUGAGUGCGCGAAUACAUCGAAAGGGUUUUCGCAUACCAUCGAAAAGACAGCCGGGUAAGGGAUUGCCCGGCAAGCUGCAUACUAUAACCAGGGCGGGUCCCGGCAAAAUGGUACCUGGAAAGCGAAUACCACAGCGACCCCAUCCGCCGCCCUGCGACAACUCCAACGACAGUGGCCUUGGCUUUGAUCAGCACACAGAGCUGAGAUCCUCGGCGGGCGGUGAUUCUGGCCAGCGUUCGUCUGGACUUUUGGUCAAUAGUGCACUAACCAACAGUGUUGCAGCAGCGGCCGCGGCAGCAGCAGCAGCAGUGGCCAGCAAUACGUUACAGCAGCAUCAGCAACACCAUCAACAUCAGCAGCAGCAGGCGCAACAGCAGCAGCAGCAGCAACAGCAACAACAACAGCAGCAGCAACAUUCACCACAGCAGCAUUUAAUACGCGCGAUACCUGUAUCAAGAUCGCGGCACGCCAGGAAUAUGAUGAGUCAGUAUCUGGAGGAUCUCGAUCUGGUUUCGGCCUCCUCAUCGGAGGACUCUUCAGCAACCACCUCGCCACCGGUCAGUAUCAGUUUGGACGAGGACACGGGCUUUGUCAACGACAACAAUUCGACGGCCGGCACAUUAUCCAUGGGCAGUAAUUCCACCUCUACGUCCGGUUCCACCUCCAGUUCCAGUUCCACUUCGGAUCCUUUUGGCGGUGUUUUUCAGGCCACCGAAGCGGCGGUGGCAGCGGCAGUAAAUGCCUUUACCCAGCAGCAUCACCAGGUGCAGCAGCAGCAGCAACAUCAUCAGGUGCACCAACCACAGCAGCAACAGCAACAGUUCCAUUAUCCCGGAUUGCUGCACCAUCACCAACAGUCGCAGCAGCAGCAACAUCACCAUCGCCAUGGCAAGCACAUCAUCAAACGCAAGAAGCUCGAGUGCAACCAGGUGGAAUUGGACAAUGAUGAUGCCUGCAGCGAGGACGAGUUCAUUCGCAAGAUAGCCAGCUCGGUGGCAGCGGCCACUGUUGAGCCACCCUCAUCAGCUCCAGCUGCAGUGGCUGCACAAGCUCCAGUCCUGCCAGAAGUGGCCACCACCCCAUCCUCAGCUCCAUCUAUGGGCAAGCACCUGCCGCGCAACACCAACAAUGAGACAAAAUUCAUUUCGGCGAGAACUGUCACCCGAGUGGCCAACAAGCGGCAACCUAUUACGCCCUUGAACAGCAUCGCCAGCUCCAAUGAUGGCCAGGUGCAGCUGGAGAUUGUCUCACAGCCGGAGCAACAGCAUCGGGCGCGGUAUCAAACGGAGGGUAGCCGUGGUGCUGUCAAGGAUCGCAGUGGCAAUGGUUUCCCCAUUGUCCGGCUGACCGGCUAUGACAAGAAUGCCGUCCUUCAAGUGUUCAUUGGCACGGACAUUGGCCGUGUGGCGCCGCACAUGUUCUAUCAGGCGUGCAAGGUGGCCGGCAAGAAUUCGACGCAGUGCAACGAGAAGAAGGUGGAUGGAACCAUGGUCAUCGAGAUUGAUUUCAAGCCGGAAACGGAAAUGACCAUUACCUGUGAUUGCGUUGGCAUACUAAAGGAACGCAAUGUCGAUGUGGAGCACCGUUUCCCGGAGCAUCUGGCGCAGAAGAACAAAAAGAAGUCAACACGCUGCCGUAUGGUAUUCCGCACUCAACUAACCCGCGACGAUGGCACCACCGAGACCCUUCAGGUCUGCUCGAAUCCCAUCAUCUGCACUCAACCCCCUGGCGUUCCAGAGAUUUGCAAAAAGUCACUUAACUCAUGUCCUGUGGAUGGCGGCCUUGAGCUGUUCAUCAUUGGCAAGAACUUUUUAAAGGACACUCAUGUGGUGUUCCAGGAGACCUAUGACAGUGUUAAUGGCGACGAUCCGGCCACUGAAAUUGCUGUGCGUCAGCAAUUAAUUGGCGGUACCGCCGCCCUCUGGGAGCAGAGUGUCCUGCCGGACAAGGAGUAUCUCCAUCAGACCCAUUUGAUUUGCACUGUGCCACCGUAUCUGCAUCAGAACCUAAUGAAGCCCGUCCAGGUUCAGGUCUCGAUCGUAUCCAGCGGCAAGAAGAGCGAGCCGCACACGUUCACCUACACGCCCAAGGGACAGUACACGACGCUGGCGGCUGCCAGCACGUUAAGUAACACAAUCCACGCCCAAGAUGUGAGCAGUUUCAUGGACACCACAGCAGCGCCCAAUGGUGGCUCAAGUGGCUCCAAUGGCUGGAGUGGCUCAGGCGGAGCCACCAACAAUCCUCAAGCACCAGCUCCGGGCUCCACUUCGGUGGCCGAUGGCAAUGUGGAGGCCAAGCAUGAGAUCGAUUCGGGUAUGAUGCCGCCACCGAUAACCACACAGAUACCAAUGGGCGUACGUCGCUCCUCGCUGCCCAGUGCCACGCCCAUGAUCACCGAUCAGCAACAGCAGCAGUUGGUUCAUUUAAGUGCAGCCGAGGCUUUGAAGACGGAACUCCUGGACGACAGCAGUUCGCAUAGUCCCCUGACAGGGGAAUCCACGCCGGAUAGUCCCAAUGCCGCCAUGCAGUAUCAUCAUCGUUUUGUGGCACGAAAGCCCAGCCUGGAUACCAUAAUGUAUGAUCAAUCCAAUAGCUUGCCAGGAUUUCCAGCUGUGGUGGCUCCAGCCACAGCAGCUGCUGUGGCAGCAGCCGUUGAUAUUGAUCCUGCUGCAGUGGCUGUGGCCGUGGAGUUGGCCGUUAAAAAUGAGAUUGUUAAACAUGUGGUGCAGCAGCAUCAGCAGUUGCAGGAACAGAUGCAGGAACAGCAGCAGCAGUUGCAAGAGCAGCAGCAGCAGCAGCAGCAACAACAGCAGCAGCAGCAGCAACCCCAGCAGGUGCAACAGCAGCAGCAACAAGUCCAACAGCAAGUGCACAAAUUCAUAGAUGAACUCACCAAAUCCACUUCAGUGGUGACAAGCAAUGGAACCAGUGAACCUGCCCUGUUCACCACCUCAGCGGUGAUUGAUCAUGCCUUGACCGAUAUAUUGCAGGCCAAGGUGGGCAUUGCCACAGCACCACAACCCCCAACGCACAGCGUUGUCCUAGAACGCAGCCUAUCCUCGCUGAGCUCCACCAACUCCAGCAGCAGCUCCCUGAGCGGCAACGAGAGUUCACCCAAUAGCUCACCCUUAACCCAAGAUAUUAUACUCAAUUCAGAGCCGGCAGCUGCUUUGGCCGGAGCAGCUGGCCUCCAAUCUUCUCCAGUAGAUGUGACCGGCGGCGGCGGCGGUGGCGGUAGCCUAUCCACGGAUAUCAUUAUGAAUCCCGCUGUUUCACCCUCAACCAUUUUGUGCUCGGCCAAUGGAGCUGCCACCGCUGUAGUGCCCAAUAUCCUGGCACCGCAUCAAGUGACCAUGGCCAAUUCCAUACUAAAUGAUAUUGCCAUGCAGCCGGAGCCAACGCAACAGGAUGCUGCAGUGGCUGCCUUGGCCCUAAGCAACAUUAUGAUGAGUCCACCAACAGCAGCAGCUGUGGCUGUUGACGCUUUGCCACCGCCGGCUGUUAUGCAACCGGAAGUGGCAGCCACUGCCACCUCGACGGCUGUCAGCAAUAUGAUUAUCAAGGCGGCAGCGGAUUUUAUAACCACACAGGAGCAGAAGCAAGAGCAGCAGCAUCAUCAUCAUUAUCAUCGCCAUCACUCUCAGCACUCGCAGCAUUCCCCCGCUGUCACGGUGAGUUCCAAUCCCGCCGAAGUGAAUCUGUUGCUGUCCAAUCAUACGGCAACACCGGCGGAAACGGCGGCCGCUGCUGCCGCAGCCGUUGCCGUAGAGGCGGCCAACUUUCAAUCGUUAAAUCAUAGCCAUCAUGGCCAGCAUCCCAUACAUCAUCAUGGUCAUGGCCAUGGCCAUCACCAUGUAACCGGACACCAUCAUGGCCAUCAUUUGCCGGUGGUGGUGCCGCCGACACCACAAGAAUCUCUGAUCGUUGCUCUGGCCAGCGAGAAUGCGUUGCAAAAGUCGGUGGCCACCGCUGCCGUGACCACCAAUGGUGCAGUGAUGACCCAACAGGCAUCGGCGCCCAGCACAGCCGGUAGCAUCAUUCUGCCGGCGGCCGUCGGAGCGGUGGCUGCAGCGGCGGCGGUGGCGGUGCAACCGCAGCCGCCAAUACCGCAGGAGCUGACCACGAUGUCGGAUCAGGAUCUGAUCAGCUACAUCAAUCCGAGCACCUUUGAUCAGAUUUAAACGGAUCAACAAAUUAAACUAUGUGGACUUGUUUUUUUUUCUUAACAAUUACAAUAAAUGUUACUCCUACACA